CGGAACACACGCAUAUCAUUCAGUGAAUCACCCGGAGUGCUCCUCUCUACAACAAAUCGUGCAUCUUUCGUCUAAUUCAUAUUCUACUUCUCAGUGAUUCUGACACCCUGAGUUACCCUAUUUUGCUCAAUAGACAAAGGAUAUCCAAAGUUCUAUAUCUUGGUGCUUUGCUUUGCAUCUCAGAUCGAUCUACAUACGGAAUACCCUUUAGUAGAUACUCCCAAGGCGGGAUCGAACAGAACAUCCCACACCGCCCAAUUCUGCCGUCAGAACCACUCAUUUUUCCCGUUCCCCUCGCAUUUUCACUACGAUACAGCAUAAAGAAAUCCGAACACUGACAUAAAUCAUGAGGGUAAUCGACCCCCAAUCCGCGGUCCUCACCAACAUCGAGGUCCUAGCCUACCUAACAGCAAACCCACCGCGACGACCACCGAAUCCACCCCCCAACUCAAGACACUGGAUCCCGAGUCCAGACCUAAGAGACCACAAUACCGUAGUUAAGGAGAUCCAUAACUAUGUUUCCCGUCUCUCCCCGCACCUCUACAACUACCCAAAAUACACCCACCAAACCCCCGAACAACUUCAACAACUAGCGCAAUCCCAAUCCCAAUCCACCGAUACCCCGACUCUGCCUCCUAUCCAAUCUAAUGAACCUACGCCUAUGGACAUCGCGCUUCGUGAUCUUAUCACGCAGUUACAGCCUUACGGGUUAACGAAGGGGGAGGUGGUCACGAUUGUGAACCUUGGUGUAGGGGCGAGCCCCCCUGCAGAAGCGGCCGCGGGUGAAGAGGGUCAGGAAGGAGCCGAUGAGCAGGGAGAGGGCGAGGGGCAGGUUAACGGGGAUGGGGGGAUGGAUGUUGAUGUGAAUGGGGAGGGAGCGGAAGGGGAAGAAGAAUUGGCGGAGGAGGACUAUGGAGCGCUUGCGCUGUUGGAUACUGUUAUUGAGGAGCGAGAGGAGCGGUUGAGCAAUGAGGACGUGGCGGCUAUCUUGGGUAUUAUUCGGGGGACGUUGGGGAGUGGUCAGGGGAUGAAUGGGGCAGGGUAAAACCAACUCUUUUUUAGAUCCUUCUUUUACUGGGUUUGGUUGUAUG